AUAAGCAAUUCCUUUUGAGUCAUCAGGCCUCAGUUAUACGUUGGUUGAGUCUCUCUCUGUCUCUCUCUCUCUCUCUCUGUCUCCACCCUCUCAAACCUCCUCCUCCAGUACAUUAUCUUUGUAUCCACGUCAGCACGUCAUGCAUCAUAAGGGAUUAUUUACAGUUGCCUUCAUUAGGGAAGGGAGCUUUAGGGAGAACAAACACCUGAGACCACUUUGUCUCAAAGCCCGACACGAACCUGCCACGUUCCGGCUGUGUGGGUGUUUAUACAACAGAAUGGCGAGUAAAGUGAGGAUAGCUCAUUACGGAACGCUAAUGCUGCUAUUAUUAACCUGGUAUGAGCGCAUGCAUUGCUUGGGAAUUACAGUGGAUCCUCCUGAGGACCUUGUGAUAUCAGACCCUGGUCAUUUUGGACACCUCCAGAUUAAAUGGAGCCCUCCAGCCACCCUGAUGAAUGAUACAGACUGCUCCAAGCUGUAUCACCUGGAGUACUUUGACACAUACAGGAACAGCUGGGAUGCUAUCAGGACGCCGGGGACGGAGUACAGUGCCCAGUUUGAUCUGAUGAAAGACGUGAGAGUGAGAGUGUACACCGUGCUGCGUGGAUCCUGCACCAACGGCACCGUGGUCCAGAGCAGGGACUUCGCUGAACUGGUCCAGAAACCUUCCAGCACAGGGGUGACGGGGACAGCAGUCCAGGGUUUUGACUGCGUCUACCACAACAGGCAGUACCUGAAGUGCUACUGGGAAGCAAACCCAAAGAUGGCGGCCAAGGCACAGCGGAACCUUUAUUUCUGGCACAAGGGGCUGGAAAAGGCAGACGAAUGUCCGAAGUAUCUCAUCUCGGACGGAACCAGGAGCGGCUGCGACUUCACAGGAAAAGCCGUGCCGGAGUUCAGUGACAUCAACUUCUGUGUGAAUGGCUCCUCCCCCGAAGGCCCGCUGAUAACUACCUUCAUCUCCUUGCAGAUCCAAAACCACGUAAAGCCUGAAAUCACAGAGAAAGUGAAUCUGCAAACGGGUCCGGACAAACGGCUGGAGAUGCAGUGGGAAGGUCCAAGUGGAAACAUUCCUGGCCACUGUUUACAAUGGGAGGUGGAGCACAAACAAGAGGGACCUGAUGGGAAAAUGGCCACACGGCUGAUGGCCACGGGGGAGCAGACGAGCCUGACGCUGCCGUCGGGCCGCGACGAUGGGAGGAACUGCUUCAGGGUUCGGUCCAAGCUGGACAAGUACUGUGCACACAAGGGCCUCUGGAGUGAGUGGAGUCGCCCGACAUGCCACCCAGAUCGACAUUUGAAAAAACAACGUACCACAUCGACGAGGCCUGGUGAGCUGCACGUAUUUUUCGGAGCCCCUCCUGGAAGACCCUGAUGUCAUGAUAAAACACGACCGACAGUCAGGAUGAAGAAUCAUCUUCGAUACACAAGCUUCACAGAGGAUUGGUCGCACCCUGCAAUAAUUGUUAAAAGGUUUAAACGUGCAACAGCACCGGGAACCUGUUUAUGAGAUUCAAACAUGAGUCCAGCGGCCUGCAUUAACAUCUGUGUUAGUUUAUUUCAAGUGGUAUAUUUGAAUCAUUUCCAAUUCGCAUGGAAAUACGAAUCACUGAAAGAACCUCUUUUUUUAAGUCUAGUUUCUGAAUCUGAGGCUUAUGAUGACGUUGAUGUUUAACAGAAGAAUGUAUCUUUGGAAUACAGAAUACAAUUCGGGCUUUACUGCAUUAAUCACUUCUUAAACAUGUCAACAACAAGGAAGGCAAUGCAUAUAUUAAGACAUCAUUUUUUUUCCAUUGCCUAAUGGGACUUUUUUUAUUGUUAAAAUGACAUUUUGGUCACUUGAGGUGUAAAACUGUAUUUUUUGGAAUCCAAGUGCGUGUUUCUGAGGCGCCAAGCUCAUUGAAAUGAUGUAAAGUACUGACGUCAACGUUUUGUCUCUCUUAUUUGCACCUCAUAUCGGACGGAGACACAUUUUGCUUUCUGGCCAAAUGUAACUGACGGAAUGGACCAAAACUUUCUGUAGCUUCAGCUCGAUAAAUGAAAUUCACUGUCAUUCUACUUUAAAGCAUCACGAUGACUUUAAAAAAUAAAAUGUUUUGUCACUCUGCUGGUGUGAGUCUGUCAUUGCACCAGCUGAUUGUGGCGUCCCACAAGGCCCCCCAUGCUACAUACUGUAUAUAUAUAUAUAUAUAUUUUUUUUUUCUAUGCUGACCAUCUUGCAUACUUUGGGCUUCACUCUCUUAACUAGAAGAAAAUGACAAAAGCCCUUUGACGUUACCACCCUGUGGCUAUACAACAUGUCGCAUUAGGGACCUCCUACUGUGUUUGGACAUUGUGUUGCUGAUCUGUCGUUGUUUGUGUGUCAUCUUUUACUGAUGGGAUUUGUAAAACAA